UCACGCUGCGUAUUUGUUGUUGCUUGCCGUUGCGUCGCGUGUGUGUCGCUUUGCGUAACGUUUAAAGUUUCGAUUUGGAUUUUCUCCGGCAGCCGAAUCCGCCAAAGAAAUGGUGCUGACCAAGGAGUACCGCGUGUGCAUGCCGCUAACGGUGGAGGAGUACAAGAUCGGACAGCUUUAUAUGAUAGCGCGCCACAGUCUGGAGCAAUCGGAGGAGGGCGAGGGCGUUGAGGUGGUGGAGAACAAGCCCUGCGAGGAUCCCGUUCACGGCAAGGGCCAGUACACGGAGAAGCACAUCCACUUGUCCAGCCGACUGCCCUACUGGAUCCAGGCCAUUUGCCCCCGCGUCUUUUAUGUGAUAGAGAAAUCAUGGAACUACUAUCCGUACACGCUAACAGAAUACACGUGUUCCUUCAUACCAAAACUAAAUGUGCUCAUCAAAACUAAGUACGAGGACAACAGUGGCAGCACAGAAAACUGUCUGGAUCUUACUGAAGAAGAGCUCAAAGUUCGGACUGUGGAUCAUUUGGAUAUAGCGUUCGAUGAAGUCAGUGCCAAGCAUUAUAAGAAGGAGGAAGAUCCCAAGUUAUUCAAAUCCGAAAAGACAAACCGUGGUCCACUGAUUGAAGGAUGGCGGGAAACGGACAAGCCCAUUAUGUGCUCCUACAAGGUGGUACAUGCCAGCUUUGAGGUAUGGGGUCUGCAGACCAAAGUGGAGGACUUCAUUCAGCGCGGAAUUCGGGAGAUUCUCCUACUGGGACACCGGCAGGCUUUCGCAUGGGUGGACGAAUGGCACGGCAUGACCCUAGAGGAUGUUCGGGCCUACGAGCGUCAAAAGCAGGCCGAGACCAAUGAGAAAAUUCACAACACAAGUGGUGGCUCGAAUGCGGCGGCGGGAGACGCGGCCAGCGAGGCAAAUGAUGGAGAUAUUGAUUGAGAUUGAGAAUUUCACUAAAACCUAGGAAAAUUGAAGUGACAGAAUGCAGGCAAAAAUAGUACCUUUAUGGCCUCGCGGCAAGCUUAAAAAGUUUCAUAGGAAAUAUCUUAUUAACGUACGCAUAUUUGUGUACAUAAAUAUAU